ACUCCCAUAAUGCACUUGUGACAGUAUCCGGAAGUGCUGUGUGCCGAGUCCACACACGCUGUUGUGUUUGAAAAUCAUGCGCUUGGAGCACACAGGAUUUUACACGCUCGGGGCUUCACACCAUCGGGCGCUCGGCCGUGCCAGAACUCAGAAAAUAAAUCCAUAAAAGCCCAAAUCGAACCGUGUGCGUGUGAAACGACACUUAAAACCAGAUUGCGGCCGCUUCGCCAGCACACCUCGCUGCUCUCAUGUACCCGACGCCCCUGUACGCUCCGGCCGGCCGCGGCUCUUUCGCAGACGUGUACGAACCCGCCGAAGACUCGUUCCUGCUGAUGGACGCUCUGGAGGAAGAUGCUGAUCGGCUGAAGGGAAGCAGGCCGUCCGUGUGUCUGGAGGUGGGCAGCGGGUCUGGAGUCGUCUCGGCCUUCCUCGCGUCUGUGGUCGGGCCCGAAGCGUUGUAUCUCUGCACUGAUGUGAAUCCAGCGGCGGCGCAGUGCACACUGCAGACGUCUCACUGCAAUCACCUGCAGCUGCAGCCGGUGAUCACUGACCUGGUCCAGUGUUUUCUGCCGAGGUUGAAUGGAAAAGUGGACGUGCUUGUUUUUAAUCCACCGUAUGUCGUCACUCCAUCGGAAGAGGUGGGCAGUCACGGGAUCGAGGCGUCGUGGGCCGGCGGGAUCCGCGGCCGAGAGGUGAUGGAUCGAUUCUUUCCCGUGAUUGGGCAGCUGCUGUCAGACCACGGCCUGUUUUACCUGGUGACCGUGUCAGAGAAUGAUCCAGAAGAGAUCGUGGAUUUGUUGGGUAAAUCAGGACUGAACGGACAGGCGUGUUUGACCCGUCAGGCUGGACGAGAGAGACUUUCUGUUCUGCGCUUCAGGAAGUCCUGACCGUCAGCACAUGACGGCUGAUGUUUGUUCCAGCUGAUGUUUGGAGGUUCGUCCCACCGCUGAACCGUCAGUAAUUCAGACUGCGUUUGUUUCCAUAAAGUCUGCUGAAGCUCAACAACUGGGUCACAAGAACCUAGUUAGUGAUUCCUAACGGACUGCGGCUGGAGCGUUUGACACGGACAUCGGCUGAGCCGUUUAUGGGGUGAAGUGUGUGUCAGAUUCCCGCUGCUCCUGUUUCAUUCCGUCUGUUACGCUCUGAUCGUCUGUUUCUGAGCAGCGCGUGUUCACUAUCGAGGGUUAAACGCUCUUAUUGACCCGCACUGAGAUCCGGAGCGCAUGGUAUUACCCAGAAUGCCACUGUCAUCAAUCACUGUAUUAAACUGAAUUUUUUUAA